AUGCAACUAAAGCAUCUCAAAACCCUUAUAGCAACUCAAGAAUGUGAAGCCAAGGUGCAGUGCAUAGCGUGGUCUCCAAAUAACAGAAAAUUAGCCAUUUGUACUAGUGAUCGCCUAGUUAUAAUUUUUGAUGAGAAUGGGGAGCGUCGAGCACGCUUUUCUACUAAAACAGUUGAUUCCAAAACAAAUGGGAGGUCUUUUCAAGUCAAAGGGAUGGCAUUUUCUCAAGACUCAACCAAGCUUGCCAUCGCUCAAUCGGAUAAUAUGGUAUAUGUUUAUAAAAUUGGGGAAUCCUGGGAAGACAAGAAAGUGAUUUGCAACAAGUUCCCUCAGAAGUCGCCUGCGACAUGUAUCAUUUGGCCUCCAGGUCAACCAAUUAUUUGUGGACUCGCCGAUGGCAAAGUAAGAGCCGCUAAUGUGCGGACAAACAAGUCGUCCACUGUCUAUAAUGCUGAGUCCUACGUAGUUUCUCUUGCAAUGAAUGUAUCUGGUAAAGGUUUCAUUUCCGGUCAUGUGGAUGGAAGAAUCAUUCGCUACUUUUUUGACGAUGAGGGCUCAGGUGAUGCGCAAGGCAAGUUCGCCAUACAUUCCACCGCUCCAUAUGCUCUGGCUUGGGCAAGUUCUACUAUACUUGCUGCAGGAUGCGAUAGGCGUAUCUAUGUAUAUAGUCGGGAAGGAAAAGUCUUGCAGCAGUUUGAUUAUAGCAGAGAUGACAGUGAGAAAGAGUUCACUGUUGCUACUUGCAACCCAACUGGUCAUUCUGUAGCCUUCGGCAGCUUCAACCGAAUUCGCGUUCUUUCUUGGAGUCCUAGAAGGGGUGUAUGGGAUGAAUGUAAGCCGAAGGAGAUCGAAAACAUAUACAGUGUUACUGCAAUGGCUUGGAAGCAAGACGGAUCCAAGCUAACUGUUGGGACGUAUUGUGGAGGUAUCGAAAUAUUCGACUGUUGUGUGAAGAGAAAGCUAUACAGAAACAUUUUUGAGUUGAAUUAUGUUGAUCCCAGUCAAGUUAUAGUAAGAAAUUUAAAGAGGGGAGACACGAUUGUUCUUCAGUCGUUUUUUGGCUAUGAAAUAGAUGAUGUUAAAGUGAUGGGACAAGACCGAUACUUGAUUGCACAUACAUCCAAUACCAUUAUGCUCGGUGACCUUCGGGAAAAUCGACUGAGUGAAGUUCCCUGGAAUAACAAGAGCCUUAAGGAACGUUUCUACUUUGGCUACAGCAAGUUUUGCAUAAUUUUUGGCUCUGGUGAACUUCAUGUAGUUGAAUACGGAGUAAAUGAAAUUUUAGGCUCGGUAAGAACAGAAUUCACCACUCCAUACUUGAUAAGUGUCAGAGUAAAUGAAAGAAAGUCCUGUAGAGGUGGACUGUGUAAAAGAAUUGCCUAUAUGCUGGACCUUAAGACAAUAUCCGUUGUUGAUUUAACUACGGGAUCAACUGUUGCACAGAUUCCGCACGAUAAGAAAGUUGACUGGAUUGAAUUAAACGAAACUGGACAAAAGCUACUUUUUCGGGAUAAGAAACUUCAACUCAUUUUAUUUGACAUAGAAGCAGGUGUAAAAUCUAUGAUGCUGAACUUUUGUUACUAUGUGCAAUGGGUCCCUCAAAGUGAUGUGGUUGUUGCUCAGUCUAGAGAUAAUCUCUGCAUUUGGUAUAAUAUCGAUUCUAUUGACAGGAUGACAACAGUGCCUCUCAAAGGUGGGGAAAUUAUUGAUAUCAUUCGACAGAGUGGCAAAACAGAAGUUUUAGUUAAUGAAGGUAUGACCUCCGUUUCCUACGCUUUGGAUGAUGGCCUCAUCGAAUUUGGUACUGCUAUGGAGGACGGUGACUUUGAAAGAGCUGUUUUAUUUUUAGAAAGCUUGGAAGUCACCCCAGAAACAAAAUCAAUGUGGAAUAAGCUUGCGUUCGCCUCUUUAAAGUCAGAAAAUUUACUGAUUGCAGAACAAUGUUUUGCUGCUCUAGGUUGUGUAAGCAAGUCUCGAUAUUUACGACAUUACCGAACUAUGUUCAUGGGAAACAAGUCAUCGUACUCCAAUAUUCGAGUAUGUGUUGCCAUUCUUGAAAAAGAAUUCAGAGUUGCCGAAGAUAUAUUUUUGUCACAAAAUUCUUUCGAAGAUAUUAUAAAAAUGUAUAAGGAUCUUCUUAAAUGGGAUGAUGCGAUCGAGAUUGCGGAAGCUAAAGGAUGGCCAGGUUUGGAAAGACUCAGAAAAGAUUACCAUCUAUGGUUGACAGAAACUGGACAAGAAGAGAAAGCCGCUGAUUUGCGUCAAAAAGAUGGAGAUUUUAGUGCUGCGAUUACAUUAUACCUGCGUGCCGGUGUUCCUGGCAAAGCAGCACGGUUAGCAUUAUCUGAACCCCGAAUUUCAUCAGAUAGAACAAUUGUGGAAAAAAUUAUUCAAUCGUUGAUGCAAUGUGAACUGUACGAAAAAGCUGGUGAACUGUAUCAAAGUCUAGGUCAGUCAGAGAGUGCUAUGCGAUGUUACCGUCAAGGAAAUUGUUAUCAGAAGGCAAUUGAUUUAGCUAGAGUGUCGUUUCCAGCUGAUAUUGUGCGCCUAGAAGAAGAAUGGGGUAGCUACUUAGUUACGCAACAACAGAUGGAUAGUGCUAUUAAUCAUUUUAUUGAAGCUGGUGCAUAUGUUAAGGCAGCUGAUGCGGCGAUUAGUUCUCGCCAGUGGACGAAAGCACUCCAUAUAUUAGCUUCAAUUGAAAAUAAAAAGUCUCCAGAAAAACUGGCGCCUUAUUUUCUCAAGCUGGCUCAACACUAUGCUGCAUGUCGUGAAUACGAUGCUGCUGAACAAGCCUUUCUCAAAGCUAACCAACCUAAGUUAGCUGUGGACAUGUAUAAUUCAAUAGGAAUGUGGGAAAAAGCCCAUCGGUUAGCAUCUGAGACUAUGGAUCAAACUGAAUUGACUGACAUGUAUUUAGUGCAAGCUGAAGAAUAUGAAAAUAUUGGUAAUUACAAAGAGGCUGAACGGUUGUACUUAACUGUGAAAGAGAGUGACCGAGCCAUAUCAAUGUAUAAGCGUGCACACCAGUAUAGAGAUAUGGUGCGUUUAGUGAAACAGUUCAAUCCUGAUUUACUGGAGCAAACCUAUUUGCAUUUAGCUCAAGAACUUGAAAGUGAAGGCAACCUAAAGCAAGCAGAACAGUAUUACUUGGAGGUCAAAGACUGGAAGUCAGCUGUGAAUAUGUAUCGUACACGAAAUCAAUGGGAGGAUGCUUAUCGUGUUGCAUCGAAUCGUACAGAUCAACCAGAAAUUCGUAAACAGGUAGCCUAUUUAUGGGCAAAACAUCUGGGUGGUGAAGCAGCUGUCCGUUUGUUAACUCGUUUAGGUUUGCUGGAGAAUGCUAUCGAUUAUGCCUCAGAACACUGUGCAUUCGGUUUCGCGUUCGAAUUAGCCCAGUCGGCGUGUCCAGAACGUUUAGCUGAAGUACACAAUAAAUAUGCAAUGUUUCUAGAGGAUGAAGGAAAAUUUAUUGAAGCCGAAGAAGAAUUUAUCAAGGCUGGUAAACCUAGGGAAGCAGUUCUAAUGUACGUACAUAAUCAAGAUUGGGAUUCAGCAGCACGUGUGGCUAGUGAGCACGAUCCUGAUAGUGUAAAUGACGUCCUACUUGGACAAGCAAGAUUAGCUUUUGGUGAGAAAGAAUUUGCCCAGGCUGAAGCACUUCUACUCAGAGCUCAACGCCCUGAUAUGGCAGUACGCGCUUACCGUGAAGCAGGCAUGUGGGAAGAGGCAUUACGAGUAGCCGAAACAUACCUACCAAAUCGUGUUCAAGAGCUUAAGGAGGAGCUGCGUGAAGAAAGAAUGCGUGCAAUCACUGGUGGAGAGUCAGUUGGGUAUACCGGUGGAAAAUCCAGUGGACAUGGAUCACUUGGCAGUAAACCGUCUAACCAGCAUCGGAAAGCAUCUUCUUCAGUUAUAGAUGAUAUCUCUAGUAAAAGUACAAAUGCUUACUUUCUGCAAGCAAGAGAUUUUGAGUCACGUGGUGAAUAUCUACGUGCAGUUGAAUAUUAUUUGAAACUUAUUCCCAGUGCAAAUUCUAGUAAUUCAGAUGAAUUGUCUGACCUUCCAACGGAUGUGUGUGAACAUGCCUGGUUGCAUGCAGCUAAUUUGGCAGUGAAGUUUUUACCGGCUGAAAGUUCUGUUAAAGUGGCGGAAUUGGUAGCUUCACGUCUGGUAUCUAUUCAGCGUCAUACUUUAGCAGGUGACUUACUCUUGAGUGUUGAUAAGAUACAGAAAGCAAUUGAUGCAUUUAUUGCUGGUGAGAACUGGUCAAAGGCGAGGUGUGUAGCUCGUGAGUUGGAACCACGUUUGGAAGCGUAUGUUGAAACAAAGUACAAGGAAGCUUUGAGAACAAGUGGACAAGUGGAAACAUUAGCUGGAGUUGACGCUGUUUCUGCACUUGAUAUGUAUGCAGAGCAAGGUAGAUGGGAAAAGUGUUUAACUGCAGCUGAACAGUUAUUACGUGAAGCAAAUUUAUCCUCUGGUGGUGGUGAUAACAUGAAUAUCAGCAUUGCAAAUUUGAAUACACCAAAGGCACUGAAAGAACAUCAACGAUUGCAUAAAUAUGUUGCAGCUUAUGCAGCUAGUCUAAUUAAAGAUUCACGUGUUUAUGAUGCAAUGCUUCUAUAUAAAAAAUACGGCACACCAGCCUAUAAACAAAACUUUAAUAUUUAUAAACGAAUAUUUCAAGACAUAACAUGUCAGCGUGGAUUGUAUGGGCCAAUGCAUAUUCAACAUGGUCUACUCUGCGUGAUAUCUUGUUCGAUUUAA